CAAGAAAUCAAAUCUUCUUUGUAUGCUGAAAUAUUAAGGAAUGUUUAUACAUCAUGUUAUCAUCGUACUAGAGACGCUUUGUCAAAAUAUGCUCUACUGGGAGUAAACAAACCCAGCCUAGUUGA